AUGGCCGACCCUGACCGCCUGCCCGACUACCCGCUCAGCUCAGACUUAGCAAAGCGAUUAAAGUCCGCCCUGGACGCCGGCGAUGAGGACACAGUGAGCGACUUGAUCUGCACUCAGGUUCGGCACGUGGACGCCGUGGUAGAACUGGCCAACGAUGACUGGAUGAAACACCCGUCGGCCCAGCUGCCCCCCGGGGUGCUCCUAGGCGACCUGCCCCGCCCCGAGCCUCUCACGGACCAGUUCUUCCGAGAUGCCAACGUGGUCGAGAUCGAGAAGGAGGAGACGGGGUGGCGGGUGAGAUCCCCGGCCACGUUUGGCCCGUCAGGCCUCUGGACCCUGGAGUACAAGCGCGAGCUCACCACGCCCCUGUGCAUCGCAGCGGCUCGAGGCAACGCCGCCUGCGUGAGCCACCUGCUCGGCCGAGGCGCUGACCCCAACGCCAGCCCCGGUGGCCGCGGGCCCCUGCACGAGGCCUGCCUGGGGGGCCACACGGCCUGUGCCCAGCUGCUGCUGCAGCGCCGCGCCGACCCCGACCUGCUCAGCGCCGAGGGCCUGGCGCCCCUGCACCUCUGCCGCACGGUCGCCUCGCUCGGGCCCUCCACUGCCACCUGUGUCGAAGAGCCCAGGUCAGAGCGCUUCGAGCACUGUUAUUUGAACCGCGUUACCUGCCGAAGUAGCAUCAGGCAGUUACAAAUUCAGCUCAGCUUAAACGCCAGUUGUCUGGGCACCGGCGUCCGAACUUAUGUCCUUUCUCUUGGGCCACCCUCGCUCUUUCUGGGAGCCGACGCGCCAUGGGGUGCCCGAAGGCCCCUCAACGGCAGCCAGGGCAUGGUGCUGCAGACCGUCGCCUGCGCGCCCCAGGCCGCGCCAGAGCGCACCGUGCAGGCCCUGCUCAACCACGGCUCCCCCACCGUGUGGCCCGACGCCUUCCCCAAGGUGCUGAAGACCUGCGCGUCCGCCCCUGCUGUCAUUGAGGUCCUUGUCAACUCCUACCCUCAGCUCCGUGUGUCGGAAUCCUGGAAGGAGGUGAUUCCUGAAGACGUGUUUCAGGCGCACCAGCCCUUCUACCGGACCCUGUUUGCCUUGGCGCGCGCCCCGCGCUGCCUGCAGCAUCUCUGCCGCUGCGCCAUUCGCAAACGGUUUGGCAGAAAGUGCUUUCACCUCGUACCCCUGUCACCCGUGCCGAAGUCCCUGCAAAAUUAUCUCCUUUUGGAGCCAGAGGGUGUUUUGCACUGAAAACCAGAGCGUUGGUCU